CGGCAAGCUAUGUUGCCUUGGCAUAUGGCCCGCAUCCAAUACGUUGUCGCUCACCUGAGAGGUGUCCUAAAGCGCCCAGUCCAUCUCCACUAUAUUCCGUAUAUUACAACCCCCCCGGGUCAGCACCUUUGCACUAAGCACCUCUCGUCGCUCUGUCACUUACUUGACACUCUGGCACGGUGCAAUUGUCCUAGUCCAGCCUUGUAGGCAGCACACGGCCGGUGGUGGCUGCUUACUUGGUCGUUCCACUCUCCUUUUAAAUCCUUCACUCAAUGAGCGACUAUAGUUUCCACCACCCAUCUCACCAUGCGUAGGAUCAAAGUGCCCCGCGGGACACCGUACCAACGGCCCAUGUCCCGGCAACACAAACGAUUUCUGCUCUACGCGCUCGGUGCAGCUGUCCUGUUCGGCGUAUGUUACAGGUUCUUCGGGGAGCCCAUCGACCCAUUGGCCGUUCCUUUUAAAGACCACGAAGCGUACAUGCACCAAGGACCCAGUCUCGCCAGCCUCGAAUCGCAGCAGUCGUACGAUUGGCGCAAAGCCCCUUUUGUAAACCGCGUUUCGUCUUACAUCCCGCUGCCGACCAGCAAACCCCACAAACUCCCGCGCCUCCAGGCUGAAUACUUUCCCGAAACACGUGCACAGAGAAUUCAGAGGGAGUCGCAAAGAAUUGCAGUGCGCAAUGUCUUUGAGCGUACAUGGGAGAGCUACAGGGCAUAUGCUUGGGCGCAGGAUGAGCUUAAGCCUGUCACGGCAGAAGGCGAAGAGUCGUUUGGCGGCUGGGGCGCUACCUUGGUCGAUUCACUCGAUACCCUGUGGAUCAUGGGCUUUCGAGAAGAGUUUAACGAGGCUGUAGAGGCAGUUGCGGCAAUCGACUUCGGCAGGACGAACCUCACGAGUGUCAGCGUCUUUGAAACGACAAUUCGAUACUUAGGGGGUUUGCUGAGCGCAUACGAUAUGAGCGGCAAGCCAAUCUUGCUUAAGAAAGCAAUUCAACUUGGAGAAAUGCUGUACCGGGCCUUUGACACUACAAACAAUACGCCGCUAGGUUGGAUGAGUGUGGAAAAGGUCAAGAAGGUCGACCGAGAUACUUUUGAUGCCGAGACUAAUAUUUGCUUUGCCUGCCUUGGCUCGUUAACUAUGGAGUUCACACGCCUUGCACAGAUCACGUCUGAGCCAAAGUACUAUGACGCUGUGGCCAGAGUCACUCUACUUAUGGACCGUGUCCAGAAUUCUACAAAGAUACCCGGGCUUUGGCCGACCAUGGUCAAUGUCGCGCGUGAGGAUUUUACUUUAUCGGGCUCCUUUUCCAUUGGUGCGCUGGCAGAUAGCACGUACGAGUAUUUCCCCAAGAUGCAUGCGCUGCUCGGUGGUGUGGAGCCCGUGUACGAGAAGCUGUACCGCGACUCUGCAAAGAAGAUUGACGAGUACUUGCUUUUCAGGCCAAUGGUGCCUGACAAGGACCAUGGCGAGAACUUGCUACUCUGUGGCGACGUUUCUGCUUAUAGCGACCAAAUCAUUUUAAACCCAACCAUGCAGCAUCUAACAUGCUUCAUUGGCGGCAUGUUCGGUCUAGCAGGCCGCAUCUUCUCCAUCAAAGAACACGUCGACCUCGGCGCAAAACUCACAAAAGGCUGCAUCUACAGCUAUGCCGCCACCCAAACCGGCAUCAUGCCCGAAACCUUCGACAUGGUCCCUUGCGAAUCGCGCACAUCCUGCCCUUGGAACUACACCACCUGGGCUGAAGGCGUCCUCACCCACUACGGCACCAAGUAUGUUGACAAUAUCAAUACCGCCGUCGAAAAAUACAGUAUUCCCACUGCAUUCACGAAUAUUCGCGAUCGCCGGUAUCUCCUCCGGCCCGAAGCAAUCGAAUCCGUCUUCAUCAUGUACCGCAUCACGGGUGACCGGCACUACCUCGACAGCGCAUGGGAAAUGUUCAACAGCAUCGUUGCUGCUACCGAAACAACAUAUGGGUACGGUCAGGUCCGCGACGUUACUUUUGCUGCACCGCAGGAUGCUACUACUAUUACCCCUACGACUACUACUGCGUCUGGUGCAGCGGGGCAGUCAAGUGCGCGUGAAAAGAACAUUGAGAAUAAGAUGGAAUCGUUUUGGACGGCCGAGACGCUCAAGUAUUUCUAUCUCGUGUUUAGUACCCCGGAUAUGAUUGAUCUUGAUGAAUGGGUGUUUAAUACCGAGGCGCAUCCUUUUAGGCGGCCAAAGGCUGUGUAGAGAGUUUAGGAUGGGGAGCCAAAGCGGGUGGUUAUAGAGAGCUUGAUUGAGUGGGGUGUUUUGCGUAGCAUCAGUAUUUUUUUCCAAUGACGAAGAGGAAUAGAUUUUGUCUGUCAAGAGGCUUGUUCUUUGUUUUACUGGUGGCUAUGUAGGGUCUUAGCGCUGCAUUUUUCUGGAGUUACGGGCUUUUUUACUUGACUUGGGAUAGAUGAGUAUCGCAAUAUACUACAUUUUUGUUUUG